AUGGCAGAGCAGCAACAGAUGAAAACUUCCUUCCUCUAUAUCCAGCUAAAGUCACCGAGCAAAUGUGCUGAGCGAUCACAGAAGGCGUGCUGCUUGGCAGAGAAAACUUUCUUAGCUGCAAGCAGAAAGGCAUGUGACACUAGGAGGCCAAAUUCUCCUGUGAGAGAAGACACACAGUCUGCUUGUAGCAAGCUGAAGACAGAGGCAGGCAUUUCUGCCCAGAACACAGUGUCAUGCUUAAACAUCUGCUUAGCAAUGAGCAAUGGCACCAAGGAAAGCACAAAUACUGCCCAAGGAAGCACACUGCCACAUGCCAAAGCAAGCCAUACAACGUAUCUCCACGAUCAAGGGGCUGGAUUAAGCAAUAAGCAGCAAGAAAAUGGAAUCUUCAGAUCUGAUGUCCCAGUGACAAGCCACCAUGUCCCCCACAGUCACAGCUAUGUCUCAAGCAGCUGGAAUGUGAUGGAUCAACGCUACAAUGCAGGGGAGGAAAAGAUGUGUUGGAAAGUUGAAGUAUGCAACACCAUGGUGACAAAUACUCCAAUUCUUUGUAGAAGUCCUGAGUUUCAAAGUUUCCGUGAGGCAUCGGUCAAAAAAUCUACCACAUUAAUUGGAUUACAUGACAGAUAUAUUGGGCAACGAUUAGAAGGAAAGAGGCUAUCCACCAGGUAUCCUAUGUCAGUGACUACUGCUAGUCCUGUCAAACUGAAGAAGGUAAAAAGGUAUGAUUAA